AUGCGCCGUGCGCAGACCUUGAGGCACAAUGGCCGGCCUUCCCUCGCCCUAGGCGCAGAUGAUCUUGGUAUGCUGAGAGAGAAUCCGGACGAGUCCACAGAGGAUAUAUUGAGACGACAAUUAUUGGAGAAAGACAGAGAAAAUGAUAAGCUCCAGACACAGAUACAAUCACUACAAGUACAACUUGCACAGCGACCACCGAUCGAGACCAUUCAGGCUUUGGAGAAAGAAUACAAGAAUCUAGAAUUGAUUUUGCAAGGCACACAGCGAGAAAAUGAGAGGGCGAUGACCGAGCUAGAAAGAGGGAAGACGAGAGAGAAGAUGUUGGAGCGUGAACUGGCUAAAUUGGCUGGGGAAAAUUGGCAGGCAUGUUUAAGGCGCACUGCAUACAGCGCCAACCUCGAAAUAGCACCCUCUUCAGCAUCAGCUUUCGUGGCUCGAUCUCUGAUUGCAGGGCCGCCACAGGGCUCCAGUCCAAAGGGCUCACAAACUAAACACGAGGCCUCACCAGCAACUGCAGAGGCCACUUUAGCUCAUGUUGAACAAAUGCGGCUUCUAAUUCUUGGCAUGCAGCAGCGGCUGCAAACCAGGGAGGAGACAUUAACCAAGGUGAUUGAGAGAGCGGAAGGCGAGGGUAUGAAGUUCGAGGAGUUGCGCCGGAGCAUGCUAUCUGCCAAAUCUUGAACUGAAAGUGGUUUCUGAUGUGAUUGAUUUUCUAGUCCCCUUGCUUUGAUCUUCGUAUACCCUCGCUGUGUUUGAUGCGCAUUGUACUUGUACUCUGAAUUGUAGGACCCUUUCCUGUUGUGUUGAUGCAUGGUACGCUAUUUCCUUAUCGAGCGAGACUUAUAUUAUCUCUGUCGCCAAACAAGAUCCAAACAACAACAUUCCUCCACCUCCCCCACACUCGUCCCCUAUCCUUCUCAGCCAACAUGCCCGACGCUGAGCCCAUCAAGCCCGUACCAGCUUCCAAGCUGGGGGAGUAUACCGUUAUAUCAGAAAUUGCGGAGGGCACGUUCGGAAAGGUUAAGAUGGCGACGCAUACACUUACGGGUCAUAAAGUCGCCAUGAAAUUUAUUUCUAAGCAGGUCAUAAAUGCUACACGAACAAAGAACAGAGUGCAGCGCGAAGUAGAAUAUAUGCGUACUCUCCGGCAUCCACACAUCAUCAAGCUUUUUGAGGUAAUUUCAACACCGACAGAUAUCAUUAUCGUGCUCGAAUAUGCUGGAGGCGAACUCUUCAAUUAUAUUGUUGCGAACGGGCGUAUGCCCG